AAAAGCGUUUCUCCUGUUUCGGUGCGAUUUAGCUUUUUUGUUUGGAUUUUUUUGUUUCAUCGACCGCUUGAUUGGAGUUUGAUUUUAACCAUUGCUGACCGGGAAGAUUUAACGGUCAAACGUGUGAUAAGCGACAUCUGUGCCGGCACUGUACAGCCCGCCAAACGCCCGCCAGCUGCUGGUUUGCAUGGUGCCGUUACGGACACGACCUAAACAAAGGAUUCCCCUUCGUGCGGGCAGCGGCGAUUGUGCAGGGCCAGCUGCUGGAAGGAGAGUGAUCGGUAGGGGAAAGGACGUGUGCGUCCAUCUGCUUGCAGGAUAACGGUCAGAUCGAUGCACGAUAGCUCUGACUGACGAAACAACGCAACAGCGCACAGGUAAACACAACCAUCAAGGAUACGGCACUCUCAUCCGGCAAUCAUUGUUCGAUGGCAACAAGCAACUACGAGGAGCUCGGAGUGAUCGGCACGGGGGCCUACGGUACCGUUUACAGGGCGCGGGAUCUGAAGAAUUCCGGCACAAUCGUCGCACUGAAGAAGGUCCGUGUUGCACUAACCGAGGAUGGUGUCCCGAUGUCCACGUUACGGGAAAUUUUUAUGCUCAAACAACUCGACACGUUCGGGCACCCGAAUGUGGUAAAACUCCUGGAUGUGUGUCAAGGGCCGCGAUUAGAACGCGAGGGGCAGCUGGUACUGUUCCUGGUGUUUGAACACCUCGAUCACGACCUGGACGAGUACAUGAAGCGUUUGCCACCGAAGGGCAUGUCACCGAACACGAUUCAGCGACUCUCGCGUGAAAUGCUUACCGGUAUCGACUUCCUGCACUCACACCGAAUCAUCCACCGGGACUUGAAGCCACAGAAUCUCCUCAUCUCGAGCGACGGUCACCUGAAGUUGGCCGACUUUGGCCUCGCGAAAACGUACGACUUUGAGAUGAAGCUAACGACGGUAGUGGUAACGCUGUGGUACCGGGCACCCGAGGUAUUGCUGGGCGAAGCGUACAACAGCUCGGUGGACAUCUGGAGUGCGGGAUGCAUCAUUGCGGAAAUGUUUCAACGGCAAGCCUUAUUCCCCGGAACGGCCGAAUGCAAUCAGCUGGAGAAGAUUUUCGAAUUAACCGGUCGCCCAACGGAAGCUCAGUGGCCGAAAGGGAUCUCGAUCGUGCGGGAAAAUUUUCGUCCUACAAAGCGACGGGAACCGCGCGAGUUCUGCCCGAAGCUGUGUGAUAAUGCGAACGAUCUGCUUAGAAGCAUGCUCGCCUACAACCGACACGAACGGCCGUCCGCGAGACAGUGCCUUAAUCAUGCCUACUUCACACAGGAACCGAUGCCGACCUAAGCAGUACACGGUUCGGUAGAAGCAAACGAGAAACAUUGAACGAAAGCAUUCACAAAAACGCCUUGCAUGAGGGGAAGGAAGUGAAGGAGCGAAGGUUACAUGCAGUGUAGACGGAAAAGUGAUGCCGCACAAGGAUCACACAAUAGUCCGUAAGCGUAUAUACCUAUCUACCUAGAACUACCGACUAGCGUAACCGACUGCCAACGAAAUUUCAUACUGCUACGAGAUCUUAUGAUAAUAUUUGGUAUUUCCGCUACACCGUUACACAGCCAUGAAUUUUCUUUUUUUACAUUUUGUUCGAUAGUUUUAAGUUGUAAGUUGCAAAACAGAAAAAAAACAAGGGACAAGCUAAAACGGUACCACAUAGACCACUAGUGGAUUGUUUAGUAGCAAGGUUUUCUGGAUCUUUUGUGUUCGAUUUCUAACCGGAAAAAAACGCUCAAUGGAUUUCAAUAUUUUUACAACAUUAUUCAAUAUGUAUAUUACAGCCCGUUGCCGCCCAGGGGUAACAUUUAGCGGCAACGGGCUGUGCAACAUCCAGAUAUGUAAAUUGAACUAGAGUUUUUCAACAUAUUACGUCUAGGGUUGUAAGAAUUUUAUCAAUUAUUUUAAUAAAAUUAAAUGAAAUCAUUCAGCUGCUAGCGCGGUUAGAUCGCUUGAAUGAUAUUGUGGAUUUGAGAUAAAAAAAACCCAUCACUCCCCUUGUCGGCUGUGUUUCUUUCACGCAAUUCAAAUCGAACGCCC